UUUGCUUUCUCUUCCCCUCUGCCGAAAUGAAUCCUGAGUCUGUGAUUGCGAACGAGAGCCUUGGCCCAUAUCCAAUAUCCAUCCAACACCCGUCUCCGAACGUAGGGCUAUCAUUUGAAUUCGACACUGGCUGCCAAUUGCAGACUUGGCGGUGCUUCCGUAGGCCCUUCUCUUAUAUUUGUAUCCAUAACUUACUUUCGAUCCUUGUGUGAGAUGAUCGAAAGUUACACUAUAGGUGUUUCACGAACUGCCCCUAAGGUCAGAAGUAUUGGCAUCCUUAGAGAUGAACCCAACACCCGCGCGGAACACUGGCAGAACGACGGCAGCUCAGAUAAAAGUCAGAUGAAAGGGCCUCGUUCCCAUGAAUUAGCUGAAAGCAACAUUAGCAAAAGACAUCUGGCGUUGACAAACUUUGUUGGCGGUAGAAGAAGUAGGAGCAGGCCCGAGCAUCCGGCGAACGAGCACACGUGUAUGCACUACAUCUCAUAUGAUCGAUUCUCUGGGAGUCGAAUUUUCAGAAAACCGAUUCGCUCAGGGACUGCUUGUUGGAGAGUCUCAAUCCUCUUCGUAGCCACAAAACGACAUGUCCGAGGUAGUCGUCGUAAAUCACUGUCUCGUUCGACUUUCCCCACUCCGUGGUUGCAACAAAGUUUCCGUCAAUGACAACAAUGUGGAAGCUAUACUUUGAUGGGAAGCCUCAGAUAUGCACCAGAGCAACGUUGUUAGCACCGAAUCAUUCUCGCGGACCGUGAGCCUGCAUAAUUCUUUGU